CUCCUCAGGAGGCAAAAAGAGCAGAAGUGGGUACCAAGAGGUUAAGCCAUGAAGUAGUUUGCCAGUUACAAAGAUGAAUGGAAAUACUCAAUGAAAUUGUUUAUAUUUAGGAACAUGGUAAAAUUGGUCCUUUUCAGCAAAGUUCUCUAUUAAACCUUUGUUUUAGACUUCUGCUCUGAUGGAUGUUGCCCAAUCUCCAGACAACAUGGAGGGACUAAGGCAUAGAUUCAUGCAGAAAUGCACAGUGGAGUCUGGGACAAGACCAGCUUCUGACACCAACCUUAAGAAUAUCAUCUAUAUGCCCACAGAUGGACUCCUAGAAAAAGCAGGCGAUCUGGCUCAUCAAUCCAUGGCAGAUGUACAGCGGAAGAGAAGAAACUGCACCAAGGGAGCGUUCAGUGUGAUUUGCACGACAGGUUCCGUGAAGCUGAGGAAGAGAAGUGCAGCUUUUCGUCACAAGCCUCCAGAUUCCGGUGGCAGAUUCUGGGAAGAGCUCUCAAUUCACCCUGACUUCAAUGCGAACCUUCCUAGUGACAGAAGGCCCCAAGCAGCGCACGCUCCUACCAUGCACUUGAUUGGAUCGGGAGGGGAAGCAUCAGAACCCUUCCCAAUGCCUGCAAGGUGGAUUCCUCCAUCAACAAGAAGGCACGAUGACAUUGAUAUGGAACCCAGCAGCGAUACCCAAAGAGCAAACGGAAGUCUCUCUACAGGGACGGCGACCAACCUGCCCGGAAUAAUUCCAAGGGGCUCUGAGCUUCCAAAAGACCCGGAGGCGGAAGUUCAGGAGCUGGUGCCUGACCUCGCCUUGCUCAUGGAUGUGGAGCCUUCGGAAACUGUGGGACUCUCGCCAACUUCACCUGUGGCUGCUUUGCCGCAACCUCUGGAUGGCGACAUUGUUAUGCUUGACGAAACAGUUGUCAGGAAGCCCAAGGACAUCCUGAUUCUAGAGCGGGUUGGGGAGACGCUACGGCAAAAGAAACUGCGCAGCCCCCAUACUUGAGUGAUGCUGAAAUGAAUCACCUGGCUACCUUGGGUACUUUUCUGCUCUCUCUCUCUCUCUCUGCUGGGUAUAAAUGGAUUUUCGCAGUUUCUCAAAUAAGCAUAAAAUGGCACCAGUGAAAUAAAACAUAUGUUGGGAAAGAAGAAAGCUGUCACUCAA